AACCAUCCAUCCAUCCAUCGGCGGGCGCGCAGCCAGCCAAGCGGUCCCGCCAUAAAGGUGGCGAGCGCGAGUAUGCUGUUGCAUUGCUGCUGAUUGCUCCGUCUCCUCCGCCUCUCGCUCGCUCUCUGAGGUGAGGAAGAAGAAGCGGAGAGGUUACGGGUUUGCGGGUUGCGUUGCGUGCGACAUGGGGAGAGCGGCGGGGCUGGCGCGCGACGGUGUGACGACAGCGGGGCGGGCGACGACGACGAGGGUCAUGCGGGCUGCCGUGUCCGCGUUCUUCGCCGGGUACCACCGCUUCACCUCCGUGGCGGCGCUGCUGGCGCUGCCGUUCUCGGCGGCGGUGCUGGCGUCGGAGGCGAUGGCGCCGUCGUCGUGGGCGCUGCGCGCUGUGGCGGCGCGGCUCCGCUCCGUGUUCGCGGCCGCGGGGUUCCCGCCCUCCCCCUUCUUCGCGCUGCUCGAGGCCAAGCUGUCGCAGACCGUCUUCACGUUCGCGGCCACGCUGCCGUUCGCGCUCACCUUCCUGCUGCUGGCCAAGGCCUGCGUCGCCGCCAUGCUCCGCCUCCGGGACGACGACGCGUCGGAGUCGCCGCCGCCUCGGCGGCGGCGGGUCGCCGUGGCCGCGCUCCCGCCGUGCGCGGCCGUGGCGCGCGCGUACCCGGCCGUCGUCGCCACGCACCUCCUCAACGCCUUCCUCAUGCUCUCCGCCAACGCCGCGGUGUUCUCGCUGCUGCUGCUGGCUUUCGGCGCCGCCGACCUGCUGGGUCUCACCUCCCACGUCUGGACGCUCGCGCUCUCGGCCGCGGGCGCCAUCGUCUACUCGCUCGUCGUCGGCGUCGCCACCGUGGUCUGCAACCUCGCCAUCGUCGUGGCCGCCACGGAGCCCGGGUGCGCGGGCCACGCCGCGGUGCUCAGGGCCUGCGUCGCGAUCCGGGGCCGGGUGUCCACGGCGCUGGCGCUGGCGCUGCCCACCAACCUCGGCAUGGCGGCGGCCGAGGCGCUGUUCGGACUCCGCGUCGUCGCGCAGCGUCGGAGGGACGGGAGGCUCGCGCCGGGUGUCGCCGGCGAGGCCUUCUCGAUCGCCUACAUCCACGCGAUCUGCGUCGUGCUGGAGAUCAUCGUCACCUGCAUGUUCUACAGGAGCUGCAAGAGGAGUGAAGCCGACGAGCUCAGAGAGCUGGAGCCAGAGGAGAAGGGAGACCUCCAGGCUUGAUGCCCUCUCACCUUCAGCUUCAGUCUGGUGCGUGCACAAUACAGAUAGUAGCAUCAUCAUAGAUUGUGUUUCUGAUCAGAACAACAGGAUCAGAUCAUAGGGUACAGAGCUGAUACAAAGAAACAUAGUGGUAAGCCGACAUAAAUUUCUGCAAAAUGUUUCUUUUUUUAUGCAAAGCAAAUGGUAAACAUUGAGUUCAAAUAAA